CAUUCAAUUACAACAUUUUCCUGGCUUCUUCUGUACUCCUCAGCCUCAGGUUUCAGCAUUCUUUCGAUUCUUUUGCAAGUCUUCCUUUCUAAUUCUGUAUACUCUUAAUUCUUUUCAUCUCCCUUCCAUGUUUUUUCUUAUAAUUUAUGUAACUAUUUAUCGUAUAUUCAUUCAUGAAAUUGUAUUCAGAUUCUUGUCGUCUCAUUACAAAUUCCAAACGCCAUAGACUCGAUUGUUCUCUUCUUCCAUGCAAGAAACCUAGGUCAAAUGUGUUAAAUACAGCUUAUUUACAAAUAAAACCUCUUGGAAUUCCUCUAAUCCGAAAAAGUACUGGUUCUUCCUGUGAUACUAUACAUCUUCAACCCUAUAAGCCAUACUCUAUUGGUCGUAAUUGCAGCCGCUGUGAUUUCAUAUUUGAAGACUGUCGAGUCAGUAAUAUUCAUCUCCAGAUUCUUUUUAACCCCUUGAACAAUAAAUUGUACUUGUCUGACGGGUUAUUUUUUAGUUCAAGUAAUUCUAGGGUUUCGCUGAAUGGGGUGUUUGUUAAUGGGGUUAGAGUUGCAAAAGGCGAGGUUGUGGAUAUCUGUGUCGGUGAUGAAGUUUCACUUGGCUGUGGAAGUCAAAGGACCUGUUGUAUGGGGUUACGGCUAGGAUUUUGUUUGCAAAAGGCUGUCUUUGUUCAGGAGGUUUUUGAUAGAAAUAUAGUUGGAGAUAAUGAUGUUACACCCACAGAUUGUGUUCCAAUUGGAUAUGCAAGUUAUAAGCGUAUUGCUAAAGCAAAUGUGUUGUUACAUAUGUGUAGGGAGGUAUUAAGUAGCAAUCAUCCUGUGUCGUGUAUCCAAAAACGUGUUAUUCUUGAUUAUGGAAAGGGAGUUAGAUGUCAUGGUAAAAUUGGAGUCAAUGAGGAUUUUAAGUUUCCAGUGGCUAGUGUUCUUGGAGUACAUUCUGGUGAAAAAGCUUGUAGGAAAGAGGUAUCGAUUGUUGAGGAUGCACCUGGCCAGAAUCGGGAAUGUGAUUUCCCCAAUGAUGCUGCACUUGCUAUUGAGGUGGAAACAUGUAAUCUCGAUGGGAAGGGUGCAGAACAAGUCAAUAACGAUGGGGCAUCUCAUGAGAAUGGGUCUGACGCUAAUGGCAGAGAAGAAGUUUUAUCUCUGGGAUGUAUGAGGAAGGAGGUUGUUGGUCAAAUUGAUGAUGCCAUGAAAGAAAAGAAUAGAAUUGGCAUUGUUCCACCUCCAGGAAAGAAGUUCGUUUUGAAUCGACUGGCAUGUGAAGGGCCAAAAUUUUCAGAAGAUCCUAAUGUUGUAUCAUUGCCAGAGCUUCUUUAUCCAAUUGAGAAUCUUGAACAGCUAUUUAUUGCAACAUUUACUGCUGACAUACCAUGGUUUCUGUCCUACUGUGAGAUUCCAACUGAUCUACCAGUUACCAUCGCUUGCCACAAUGCUGAACGGUGUUGGAGUUCCAGCUCUGAUAAAAGAACCUCAAAGCCUUACCCAGAUUUUCCAAACCUAGUUGUUGUUUACCCUCCAUUUCCUGAGGUGAUAGCAUUUGGUCAAGACCUGAGGAAAUCAGGCAUUGGUUGCCAUCACCCAAAGUUGCUUGUGUUGCAAAGAAGAGAUAGUCUCCGCGUAGUGGUCACAUCUGCUAAUUUGGUGGCAGGACAGUGGUGCAGAGUGACGAAUACAAUAUGGUGGCAGGAUUUUCCUCGCCUGGAUGUACCAGACUACUUCUCACUUUUCACAGCAAUAUCUGGAGAGGAAAAUGGACAUUUGGUAUCUGAUUUUGCUGCUCAGCUAGCUGGAUUUAUGGCCUCCUUGGUAGCUGAUGUACCUAGUCAGGCCCAUUGGAUCCUGGAGCUGACAAACUAUGAUUUUAAAGAAAGUGAUGGCUAUCUGGUCGCUUCUGUACCUGGAAUCCACUCAAGUCGCAUUCCUUUUAUAUCAAAACCAAAACAUUUCUUAGGGGGUGACUGUGUGCCAGAGUUAUGUCACUUUAAGUCAGUGGGUUCUGUUGAAGCAUCAGUGGCUGGUCUAAGUCAUCUCUUCCGUACUUCAGUGGAUCUUAAUGGAGCACGGCUGAAGAAACUUGCAAGUUACCUUCGGAAAUGCGGUGAAAAUGUAUAUGGAAUAUCAGAGGUUAUUCUAAAGAGAGACCCAAAUAUACAAGCCGAUGCAAAUGCUGUUAGCAUUCUUGUACCUAAUCCUGACAAUCUCUCUUUAGAGGAAUGUGUUCAACUUGGGUUUCUUCCAAAGAAUUUUGCGAAGUGGGUUGCUCCACUCUCGGACAGUGGUCUUUUCGUGUUUUCUGCUUAUAUUUUCCCAAGUGAAGUUCUUAGUGCUGCUUUAGAGGGAAGCAGCAGCAAGGUACAGUUAGUACUGCAUGUAUCACAGGGUCCAUCCUUUUCAGCCAUUUCAGAAAUUAUUAGAGGUGAACAUGUUUCUGCAAUUUGCACACUCAUUGCAUCGCUUCAGAGGUGUUGGGGAAUCUGGCGGCUUCAAGAGGUUUUGGGCCAGUUCAAAUGGCCAGAACAUUUAGAAACUGAUUUUGUAUUUGGUGCAUCCUCAAUUGGGUCCAUCAAUGCAAAAUUUUUAGCUGCAUUUUCAGCAGCAGGCGGGAAGCGGUCAUUGAGGCUCUCUGAAUCAGAGGAAUCUGAUCCAGAUUGGGGCUGCUGGAGUGUGAGCCAAGAGCUGAGGAACCCUUCCAUUAGAAUAAUUUUUCCUACCAUUGAAAGAGUGAAAAAUGCGAGCAGUGGAAUUUUGGCAUCCAGGCGUAUACUGUGCUUUUCACAGAAAACUUGGUAUCGGUUGAAAACUAUGGGCAUUCUACAUGAUGCGGUUCCUUUUCCUGGCUACAGAAUUGGUUAUCCCAUGCAUGUCAAGGUUGCUCGAAGAAGAUUUCAGUCUAAGAAAGAUGCGUCCCCCUUCGGAUGGGUUUAUUGUGGAUCACACAACUUCAGUGAAGCUGCAUGGGGACGUCCAGUUUCUGGUUUACAUGACAAGAAAAUCAAUGGAAAUACAACUUAUUCUAGUUUAGGUUCUAGACUUCAUGUCUCUAACUAUGAACUGGGUAUCUUAUUCAUUACUCCCCCUCCAGAUGCUCAGUGCAAAACAGACCAAAAGACGAACUUAGAUGAUAUAGUUUUACCCUUCAUUGUGCCUGCACCAAAAUAUAGACCAGCAGACAAACCUGCUACCGCUCAGGAGAUGAGGGAGGCCUUAUUUGAGCAAACUGAGAGGGGGAGAGAGGUAAAUGAAGAAACAAAAGAGGCGGACGAGUGGAUACAGGAAGAGAUACCUGUGGAGGAAGAGGAAGUAAUUGAGGCUAUUGACUAUGUUGUUAAGGAGAGAGAAGAUGACAAGGCUUAUGCGGAGAAACUAUGGAAUCAAGUUGAUUCCUCUGAGAACUGUUAGAAAUUAAUAGGAAAACACAUUCAAGUAGAAUAAUGUAGGAGUAGAUAUACUGAGACUACCUUUCUAAAUUUGGUACAAAUGAUUAAUUUAGGGGGUCCGGCAUUCGUGUGGUUUCAAAAUGUUGUAUGAUUGUAGCCGAAAAGAAGAGUCUUUUGUUUUAUAGAAAUAUAGUUUCGAUGAUUUGGUGAUAAUGUAUGUAUCAUUGUAAUUUGUAAAGGUAAAGGACAAUGUACAAGUCAUUUAUGAUCAAGAAAUAAGAAUCUCGUGGAAGAUGAGAAGCAGCUUCUUUCUUU